CACUCACCCACCACCAGAUCUCCAGCAAGAAAGAAAGAGAAAAAAAAAAAUGGCUCCACCGUCGGCGGCGGCGCCGCCGUCCAGCGGCGGAUUCACGGCGGGCCGGUUCAUCCUGCAGGUUAUCAACGGACGGUGGCUAAUGCAGUCCGGCUCGUUCAUGAUAAUGGCGAACGCCGGCGCCACCUACCUCUUCGGCGUCUACUCAAAGGAGAUCAAAUCCACUCUGGGCUACGACCAAUCGACGCUCAACACGCUGGGCUCCGUCAAGGAUCUCGGCGCCAACGUCGGCGUGCUCUCCGGCCUCCUCGCCGAGGUCACGCCGCCGUGGUUCGUCCUCACCGUCGGCGCCGCCAUGAAUUUCGGCGGCUACUUCAUGGUCUGGCUCGCCGUCACCAAGAAAAUACCCCGACCCGCCGACUGGCAGAUGUACGUAUACAUCUGCGCCGGCGCGAAUUCCCAGAACUUCGCGAACACCGGCUCGCUCGUCCCCUGCGUGAAAAACUUCCCGGAGAACCGGGGCCGGUUGAUCGGUCUGAUGAAGGGGUACGUCGGCCUAAGCGGCGCGAUUUUCACGCAGCUGUAUUUGGCAAUAUACGGCGACGACGCAAAAUCCAUGAUCCUUUUUAUCGGCUGGCUUCCGGCGGCGGUUUCCUUGGUUUUCGCGCCGGUGAUGCGGAUCAUGAAACCGUCAACCCACAAAAACGAGGUCAAAGUUCUGUGGUAUUAUCUCAUCGCUGCUGUCGUCACUGCUUUCGUCAUCAUGGGAGUGAUUAUUGCUCAGAAAUGCGUCCAUUUCUCACACAGUGAGUACGUGGCAAGUGCCACCGUUGUUUGUCUCUUGGUUUCCGCGCCUUUCUUUAUAGGGUUACGGCAAGAAAUAGCCACGUGGCAAUCGAGGAAGAAGGAAUAUUUGGAAUCGGAAUCGGAAUCGGGAUCCACCCCUUCUUCUAUCGUAAUCCAAGACCCGCCGAAACGCGAUCCAGAAUCCGAGAUGGCCGACGACGAAAGGAAAAACACGAGCAACAAUACACCUUGGUAUAAAGACAUCUUCAAGAAGCCGGAGAGGGGAGAGGACUACACUAUACUACAAGCGUUGUUGAGUGUGGAUAUGCUUAUUAUCUUCGUCUCGACUUUCUGCGCGCUCGGUUGCAGUUUGACCGCGAUCGACAACCUAGGUCAAAUCGGGGAAUCUUUAGGGUAUCCGUCUCACACCGUGAGCACGUUCGUCUCGCUCGUGAGCAUAUUCAACUUCUUCGGUAGGGUUUUCUCCGGCUUUGUGUCGGAGAAGCUCGUGUUGGAGUGGAAGGUCCCGAGGACACUAAUGAUGACGUUCUCGCUUUUACUCCCGUGCGUCGGGGACCUCAUCGUCGCGUUCCCGUUCAAAGGCUCGGUUUACGCUGCCACGUUGAUUAUAGGGUUUUCGUUCGGGAUCCAACUCACGAUUUUGUUUAUUAUAUUGUCGGAGCUCUUCGGAUUGAAGUACUAUUCGACUAUAUUCAACUGCGGGCAACUGGCCGGCCCUAUUGGAUCGUACACUCUCAACGUGAAAACGGUCGGUAGAUUGUACGACCGUGAGGCGUUGAGACAGCUGGCUGAUAGAGGGAUGACGAGGUCGAUGGUGCGCGAGUUGACGUGCAUUGGGACCGAGUGUUAUAGGGUUUCUUUCUUGAUUUUGGCUUGUGUGAACUUUUUUGGUGCACUUGCUUCUUUGGUGUUGGUGAUGAGGACUAGGAAAUACUACAAGAGUGAUAUAUAUAAGAAGUUUAGACAUGAAAUGGAAGCUAUUGAUACAAAGAAGGAAGUGAAAAUGGUUGAUCAUUCUCAAACCCAAUCAUAGUCUUAGGUUUUGGAAUUGUAGUUUUUUUUUUAUUUAGUUGUUUAGAUUUUUAUUUUAUUUAAUUUAAUAUGAUUCCAUUUCGAUAAAAAAUAUCGAUCUCCACGUAAUGCUUUGAGAAACCAUUUUACUAAAUCACACAAAAUAUCGUCU